AUGGACUCCACAAACCCAUUUAGUUAUGGAACCAGCUACACAGACCUUCUAACAAGCCAGGCGAGUGGCUUCUCUCAAGGCAUAGAUCUAGGCUCAGCCGAAGAUCCAUUUUACUCUCAGUCGCCUCAUGCUCCGGUGGUAGAGGAAGAGACUGAUAAGGAGCGUAGAGUCAGAAGAAAGUGGGGUUCAGGAGAAGAUAGUGUCCUCAUCAGCGCCUGGCUAAACACAAGCAAGGAUCCUAUCACUGGAAAACAACAGAAAGCAGGAACGUUUUGGAAACGUAUCACUGUCUUCUUCAACUCAAGUCCUAAUAUGGCUGGACUUCAACCAAGAGAUCAUACAGUCCUGAAGCAGAGGUGGCAGAAGAUAAAUGGCUUGGUUUGCAAGUUUGUUGGUGCCUACGAGGCUGCCAAAUCUCAGAAAAGCAAUGGUCAAAACGAAAACGACACUCUGAAGCUGGCUCACCAGAUCUUUGACAACGAUCACCACAGCGCCUUCACACUGGAGUAUGCUUGGAAACUGCUUCGUAAUGACCAGAAAUGGUGUGAAAUGUACAAUACAAAAACCGGUGGGAGUUCGAAGAGACUUAGAGGUGAUGUAAGCUCGCCAGUAGUUUUAGAGGAUGUGAAUGAAGCCAUGGCUCGGCCUAUGGGAGUGAAAGCAUCAAAAGCGAAAGCUAAGAAGGGCACAAAAGGAAGUGAAACUAUUUCUGUUGAGCAAUACGAGAGCAUGUCCGCUGAGAGGAAGCAAGACUUAGCCAUGAGGCAAAGGCUGUCGAAGCAUGCAGUUCUAGAUAGUCUGCUAGCUAAAAAGGAACCACUUAGUGAGAAAGAGAUUGCUCUCAAGGAGAAGCUACUCGAUUUCAUGCUGUUAGAUUAG